CAUGUCAAUAUCGCAAACAGAGACGAAAUCGAAUGUCUUCGACAACGAUGGCGAAGCUGUCUCCGGGGGCAGAGAGCGUUAUUGAGGCUUUCAGACAACUUGAAGCAGGAACCUACCCAGCAAACACCCAUUGGACAAGAUUUCAGCUUGAAGAAGGGGACUUUGAUGAGAUACAGAGUGCGCUCCAACAAGACAAUGAACUCUGGGGAUUCGUGGACGAAAAGGUCCGGCAUGACCAUUACGAAGACCAAUGUCUACUAGUAAUACGCAGUGGUUUUAGGAUAAAUGAAAGAUUUAUCGUCCGAGUCGAGAGGGACAUCUGGCGCCAGCUCGAAGAAAUUGGUAAUGGAUCGGACAGGAGGGCAAAAUUCGCACGGGAUUUGUUUCCCAUCGGACAUACUACAAUACGUUUCGACAAUAGCAAGUCGAGACAUGACCCGGACAUAUCGUUCGCGCAUGACCAUGCAGUAUAUGCUGGCGUCAUCAUCGAAUUUGCAUACUCGCAGAAUAAGAGAUGCCUACGCAGGUUAGCUGAAGAGUAUAUCCUCAAGUCAGAAUCCAACAUACGGGCCGUCGUCUGUGUAAACGUCGACUACGACAACAAUGAGUUGCGCGAAGCAACACUAUCAACUUGGCGGCCGCAGUUGCGCAAUACCACAGACGGACUUGAAUUACGUGCGGUAGGAUCGCUUAUAGAAGAGACUUUUCGUAACGGCAAAGGAGAGCCCGUCGACAGCCCGGGCAUUUGUCUCCGCCUCAGCGAUUUCGCCUACGAUGACCUCGCCAAGAAAGAAUUGGGAGACGAAUACAUGGAUAUCUCCAUCCCCGGGAUACAACUAUGUCAGUAUUUACAUGAGGCGUACGUUCGCGAGUCGAAAAUGGGGCGAAUAGUGUUCGAUCAGCCAAUCAUUUCACAAUGAAUUGAUGAAGCAAAGGUCACUGGGCAAGCGGAGACGUCCACGAGGCGUGCGGUCAGGAGAAUGUGCUGUGAAUAACAUGAAUCAUCAACUGGGGCGAUAUGUGAACUAGCAAUGGGGGGUUUUCUUUCCUUUUUCCUUGGUGCUCUACCCUGCUGUCUCGUUGGCUCGGGGUUUGAUCAACA